CACUCAGAGUAACAUCACAAACAUCAUAUUCACCUGCGUACUCAUAACACUUACCCUGUGUUGUUUUCUUUGGUUAGGCUUGCUUUGUUUCAACUCUCCCAUGAGAUCAAAGUAAGUUUGUAGUUAAAUUUAUCGUUAUCUAGGCUUGCAGUUUCGUACUGAUUACGCGUGCAUGCCUCGUGUAUUUAUACGUUUAAUAUUAUAAAUAUUUUUCUGUUAGAAUCUUGUACUAUAUGAUGAAUAUCGGAACGGAAAAUUACAUUCACAGUUCAAUGCUCCCAAGAAGUAAAUCAGAAUGUAAGUUCGACCUGACAGCGCCAUGUUUGCACGUAUUUAUUUCUUUUUAGGCAGUUUGCAAACUGCGGCCACAGAUGUUAGUCUGAGCCCACGAUGCCAUGCUCAUUUUAUCCCACCCCAUUCUUGUCACCGUCAUACUAUAAUUGUGUGAUUUUUUUUCUUUCUAGGUGAACGUUAUUCCUGCUUUUCAUUUCUACGUUUUAUUAACUUGGCACCGUCUGAUGCGUGCGCCAUUAUGACCAAAGAUAUCGCGUUUAGGUUUAUAUUUUUAUUAUUGUUAUUGGAAGACGCAUAUCGACUAUAUCACCGCAGACUAUGGAGUGAUGAAGCUCAACACUCUAGGUAUGGAAUAAUAAUGUUCAACACAUCUAGCCUUUUAGCGAUACCUCUUUUAAUGAAUGGAAUAAUUUUUACUUUUGAGCUUAGAGAGUCACAUGAACUAUAAACAUUUGUUCUGCAAAUUGUUCAUCUACAUGUACAGUGUUUUUAUAAAAUUACGUUUUUUAAAUACUCUUCUCAAAGUCUUUAAGUUUUGACAUUUUUAUUUAUCGUAGGUUUCUCAGUCAUCAUGACCUCAUACUGUGGCCAUCAUUUCGUCUAUCUUUCCCGGAAAUUCAAUCUGGACCAAUCACGAACGAGCUUGUGUUCACGAGACCUACGAUGACAACGAGCUGCAACAUGACUCACAAGAUUGUUCCAGUCAUCGCCGACGAUGAUCAUAAACGACAUCACGUGGUUAAAAAGAAUAGCCCACGUGCCGUUAGGCACCCCUUGUCACCCAGCAAUGACUCCACGUCACCCACCAAACACCACCCUACAUCACCUACCAAACACCCCCAUUCCCCAACAAAGCUACCCCACUCCCCUACCAAGCACUCCCCUACCAAGCAUUCCCCAACCAAGCACCCCCGCUCCCCUACUAAACAUCCCCACUCGCAACUCAAGUCCCCCGGUACCGGUAGCGAAGAUCCCUUCAGUUUGCAUUCCCCACCUAAAAUAAAAUCUCCCACUAAGCACCAUCCCUCUGGUGGGGGCCACCAUAAGUCACAUCCCCACCAUCACACACACCAACACCACCACCACCAUCUUAAACACCAUGGCAAGCAAGAUGGUGAAACAGAAGCGCCCAGUUCACAACAAUCUACAGAUGGUACCACCGCAAGCACCUCUACGUCCGAACAUGAGAAAUCCCAAGAAGAAAAUGAGACAAAAAAGGAAAGUUCCUCAGCAGGGAAAAAUAAAACAAUUCUUCGAACACUGCAACCAACAUCUCCACCUAAGUUUCUUUUGGCUUACGUUCCUAAGGUAAAAUCAGGGGUCGCAAUUUACGCUGUUUCGCUAGAUAAUGAGUUUUCAAGUCUUUCUAAAAAAAACUAUUACUAAAAACCAAGCUUUCGGGCUAAGCGUCCAUCAUCAAGGUUAAAGAACUUGUAUUUCUUUAAGAGUAGCAACUGUUCUGGGUGAAAUUAUAGAUAUGGAUAAUAUUAUAGGUAAUGAUCUAUGGGUAACAUUAUAAAUACUGUAUAGAUUCUUGGAUGCAGAAAUAUUCUAGUUCUUUAACCCUGAUGAUAAUGGAUGCCUUGUCUUAAAGCUUAGUUUUCUGUUUCAUUUUAAAGUUAUUUUUUAGAAGGCUAAAAAACUAAUUGUAGAUGGGUUUGAUAGAAGAAACUAUGGGCGUUUUCCAUUAAAUGGCCUGACCAGUCAGACCCAAAUUUUUGUCUCUGUAUCAAUGGAAAUAUCUGGUCUAUGUUUCUCAAAUAUCUAGCGAAAAUGGACCGGUCAGAUAGGUCCGGAGCCCAAACGUUUUGUGUUCCAUUCAACAAUUUGACCGGUCUGGCCGUGUUAAUGGAAAGCGCCCUAAGCUUGCUUGCAGGCCAAAAUUUGGUAAAUUUACCUGCCACGUGACUUCUACUAUUUCCAGGUGGUUGCUCAGCCAGCAGGUUUCUACACAUGUGACAGAACUGGUGCAUACAAAGCAAGUGAAAUGAAGAGAUCUACAUCAGAUUUCGACAACAAUCUUCUACUAUAUGGUGCUCUGGAUCACGAGUACCUGAAACAGAGGAAACAUCUUUUCUUUCCACAACCCUUGGGUGGUUUUGUUGGCAUGGAUCCCAAAGGUGGAUGGUCCCAUAUACAAAUUCCAGGUAUGGUAUCUCAGAUUCUCACGUAGUUAAGAUCCAGCCAAAUCUGUUGGGGAGGGGCAUGAUGCUUUGGUCAUGGUUCAAGGAAACUACGGUAGCAAGGGCUAGACAGUAGUGUGUAGUCUUACAAUUUAGCGUUCAAGUUACUAUCUCAUUUUGUCUCUAACUUGUUUUUGUAAUUGCCUUUCCAAAUCCUAAACUGGAUAAGGAAAUUGGCACCCCCACCCAUUUGCCCCCCCCCCUUGUCAAGGCUAGGAGUGUAUAAAACCCUCGUAAAUCCAUCCCAGAUGGAUUAGCUGAGGGGUUGAAUAUUGCACCUUGUUCGUAAAUGUGGAUGAUUCUGUGAUCGUAGAAUUACAUAUUUUAGAGACAUUGUUUAUUUUUGUAGAUCGUGAAAUUCUCAUCACUGACAGUGGUAAGAUGAAAGAACUUGACCGUUUGCUAACGAGAUUAAAGUUCCAAGGUCACCGUGUCCUGGUGUAUUCCCAGAUGACGAGAAUGAUUGACUUAUUGGAGGAAUAUAUGGCAUACCGUAAACAUAAAUAUAUGAGACUUGACGGAUCAUCGAAAAUCUCGGAAAGACGUGAUAUGGUUGCAAACUUUCAAACCAAGUAAGUUAACUGAAUGCCGAACCUUGAGCAAACUUUCAUAUUACUAUGUCGAUCUUCAUGUUUUAUAAGAUUCAUACUGUAUCAUGUUCUAUAAGGCCAUUUAAGCACUUAUAAACAUACAUGCAUCUUCUUUGAAUCCGUCUUUGUUCUAUAGUCAACCAUUUAAGUGCAGCUAGAGCUUCAGAUGCCGAUGAGUCGCUUUAUCGAGCAACUCAAUUUUAUCGAUCAAUUUACCGACCUUUUCCAAUCAUUACUGUAUACCGUCAAGUCACUUUUUUCCUACAAUAAUCUCCGUUUUACCGAGUUUUCUAAAAUGUGGAGUCGCCCCCCCCCCCCCCAAUCCCCCUUCCAAGACUACAGUCUGGCAGUCGAAUGCUCAUGAAAUGGAGAAAUAUUUUAAACCAGAGAGCGUUCAAGAAGCUCAAUAUGAAUAAUACUGGUUUCUCCAUAAAUAUAUUUAAAAUCAUCCACUAGCAUUAACUAGCAUCUGUUUUGAGGCGACACACUAAUAAAAAAUUAUCCAAUUAAUUGACCAUUUAGCUAAUAAUUCAAUCCAUAUCUUUUUUACAGAUCCGAUAUCUUUGCGUUUUUGUUGAGUACUCGAGCAGGCGGGCUAGGCAUCAAUCUGACAGCUGCAGAUACUGUGAUAUUUUAUGAUAGUGACUGGAAUCCCACAGUAGAUCAACAAGCUAUGGACCGCGCUCAUCGUCUGGGACAGACGCGUCAAGUGACUGUCUAUAGAUUGAUUGCUAGAGGAACGAUAGAGGAGAGGAUUUUACAGAGAGCACAAGAGAAAAGCGAGGUAGGAUGAACAUUAAUGUUAGCUGUAUCUUAGAAGGAUCAUACUUGCACGUAGAAUAAGAAAGUGUAUCUGGUAUAGUUUGGUAUGGUAUGGUAUGGUAUGGUAUGGUAGUGCAUCAUGAUAUACAGUAUGAUAUGGUAUAUUAUGACAUGGUGUUGUAUGGUAUGGUUUUAUAUAGUUAGGUGUGGUGUGGUAUGUUGUAUUACGGUAUAGUGCAGUAGUAUGCUGUGGUUUUGUAUGAUAUGGUAUUGCAUACAUUAGUAUGGUGUGAUAUAGUAGUGUGUGUUAUAGUCUGGGAAGGUAUGGUAUGCCUUGCUAUGAUAUGGCACAAUGGGAUACUGCAGUCUGGUAUGGUGAUGUAUAGCGUGUUAUAUGGUAUAGUAUGGUAUUGAUAUGCAUGGUAUUGCAUGACAUUGUGUGACAUGAAAUGUUACGGUAGUAUAUGGUACAGCAUAUCAUGGUAUUGUUGAAGGUGUGGUCUGGUAUUGUAAAGUAUAUUGCCAUAGCUAUGGAUUUCAUUCUAUCUGCAAACAUACAAAAACUAAAAGAAAAUAAAUUACCAUCAUGUGCCUAAUUAUUCCUGAUCCUUUAUCUAGAUUCAAAAAAUGGUUAUUUCUGGUGGACAGUUCAAACCAGAUGCUCUGAAACCCAAGGAAGUUGUUUCAUUACUUCUUGAUGAUGCUGAGAUGGAAUGUAAGUUUAUUCAAAAACAAGCUGAGAAGAAAGCAGACGAUCAGAAGAAACGACGUGAAAGGAAGCGAAAGCAGCCUGAUGUUUCAGUGCAGGUACAACUUCUCUUUUUGUGCCUUGAAAGAAUUAAGAAUUGACCUUAUGCAUAAUGACGUCGCAAGGCUUGAUGCCCGCGAGGAAUGCUGGUCUUAGUAGUCAUCGCCCGUAAAAAUUAAACAAUUCAAAAUGGCCACUAUCGAAAUUUUCCCGGGCGAUGACUACUAAAAUCAGCGUUCCUCGCGGGCGUCGGGCCUUGUGACGUCAUUAUGCAUAAGGUCUAUUAUUGAAAGAACGAGAAUGACCGUUAUACCAUACACGUCAUUUCUGCUCCCGAGGGAAUAGUUUUAUUCAGUGGCGAAAGCUAGUCGUUGCAACUGGUCAUGCUAUGCUAUUAAACCUACAUCUAAAUAGGUUAAAAGACAAUACAUUUCUAAACGUUUGAAUAAUGAAAAUCAUUGAAAAUUUCCACAGCAUGUCCUGUUGCUACACCACUGAUUUUGUUUCCCCGAGCGUCUCAAUGUUUUCGGAGACGAAGUUGAGGGCAGGACCGGCGCUAAAGAGGGGUGGGGGAGGGCUGAGAAGGAACCCCCCCCCCCCCCCCAAUCAUAAGGUAGUCGGCAAAAUAUUGAAUCACAGUCGGCAAAACAUGGAUUUGGAUAGGAAGAAAAAUUAAAAAUUAAGAAUGAUAGCUAAAAUGUGGAGAAAUUUACGAAUCAAUUACGGACAGCGAUGGUUGAACACAAAAUAAUAUUGAGAAAUAUGAAUCGGCCGUGCGAAAGGCUAAUUGGCUUAUUCUUCUCGACCAUUUAUAGACUGAGAACGCUGAAAAAGACGGCGAUGUGGAGGGCGCUGUACCAAAGAAACGUGGACGUAAAAAGAAACUUCAAGCAGAGCCCCCAUUAUCGGAAACGAGCGACAGUCGAGCUCCGUCCGAGAUUGGCUCGACCAAUGGCGAGAUUGUUAACAUAAAGAUGGAGACUGCUGACGUAGACGUUUCUGUCGCUGAUGACAUCAGCAUUCAAAGUUUGGAUGACGGUAAGUUAGCUUCAGUGAUCUCAAAGUUAGGACUGAAUAAAUAUUUUGUGUUUUUGUUCGGCAAAUAGCCAAUGCCGACCGUUAUCAUCCACAUUGCUAGUUCCAUAAUCUACUUGCUUACUUUGUUCUGUAAUCUUAUUAGCCAUUAUGGUUAUUACAGGUAUCAGGUACUCUUCUUACAUUUUUGUUUCUGAUAUAAUUCAAAAUGUAAAUAUUUUAUUUUGGGUACAAAUAAAUCUUUGUCGUCGUUGUUGUUGUUGUUGUUGUUGUUGUUGUUGUUGUUGUUGUUGCUGUUGCUGUUGCUGUUGUUGUUGUUGUUGUUGUUGUCGUCGCCGUCGUUGUCGUUGUUGUUGUUGUUGUUGUUGUUGUUGUCGUUGCAAUGUUGCGACAUCGUUGCUCAGUCAUCCUCAAGUGGUUGUUUUGUGCUUUAGUAUCUGUGGCAUCCGGAGAUGGUCUCACGAUUGAUCUUACACCAAGUAUCCACAGUACACCUACCAAAAGUGAUGCGGACACAAGUCGCGAUAGUCCCAGUUCCUUAUCAGGGUCAAAAGUUCGCGGCCGAGUUCGUGGCAGAGGAAGGGGUCGAGGUAAGUUUACUCCCUAAGGAUGUGCCAGCUGCUGUUUUGCCGAAUGGUACCUAGAGUAUCAAGCUCUGUAUAACAAAUAGAGCCUGAUACAAACCUUAAUUUGAUCGCUCUCCGCCCACAGUAAAGUUUAUAAAAAGUAUCCAAUCACAAAUUCACAAUGUCCCAGCAGAAAUGUCAAGUUCACACAAUCAGAACAACAAUCUAAUUAUUGUUAAAACUACUAAAUAUAUCAUGAACAAUAGUAUAAUCUAAUUACCACUAAGCAAUCAAAAGACAGAUUAAGAUGUUUUUGUCUGGUAGACCAUAUGAUGUUUUUGUCUGAAAUAUCAGACAGAGUUUGCCUCUUUCCGUUUCCACCGGAUAAUAAGCUGAUAGUAAUGAAAGUACUCGGAUAAUACAUGCAUCUUACUUUUACAACCAUAUCUGCUUUGACUGCGCACGUCAGCACCGUGUUUCGCAAAUUACAAUACCUUGUGUUCAUGACGGGAAAAAUAGUCGAGCACGCGAAAAAUUAAACAGUAGGAAACUGUAGGAUAUUUGUGUAAUAUGGGCUCAAUAACCUUGAAUAAUAUGGGCCCAACAACCUAAGGUUGACAGACAUCUUUGCCAGAAUUUAACACCAUGGUCAAAUGUGGUGUUUAGGCGCAGAUUUAGCACAAAGAUACUCCGUUGCUGUGCUCCCAGGAAGAUGUGCUCCCAGGAAGAGAAUUAUUUUCUCCAACCCUGCUUGUAUUUAAUUUAUGUUUCCUUGUUAGGACGUACCCCCAGCCGUGGUCGAGGACGUGGCAGAGCCCGCGGUGCAUCGGGAGCAUUGGCAGCGGCUGCAGCUGCAAUGGCAGGCGCGGCAGCAGGGUCAGCCGCCGCAUACGCUGCAUAUGGUUUCAGUUACCAAGGAAACGCCCCCACUCCACCAUCAAGCCGUGUUAGUCCAGUGGCGUUCGGGGCCGGCCCCUCUCCCACCUCAAGUGGGGGACAUAAACAAAAUACAGGGGUGGUACUCCCACCCCAUGUUGCAAGACACGAGGGGAAUACGAAUACACCUGCUGAUGGAGAUCAGAUUAAUGUGACUCGAGUUGAUACGAACGUUUUAAAAAACGAGAAAGAAAAUGAAGCGGAUGCCACGUGAUGGACACGUGUUGUGUAGACUUCACGAAGUGGAGCAGUCUGGUAUACACACAUGUACUCCAAGAACACUCGGGGUCAAAAUUCUCUUGGUUAGACUAGAAAUAACCAUAUUUGGGUUAACUUCAUAUCAGGCCUAGAAAUAAGAUUUUUCUUCCUGGCAGCAAAAAUUAAAUUUCCUGUGUACACCAAAUGUAAAGGCGGUUUUCCACAAGGCGAAAUUUUUCGACCGAAUCGAAAUUUCUCUUUGUUUCAUGAGCUCUCGAGCAGAACUAAUUGUAAAAAGACAAAGAGAAAUUUCGUUUCGAUCGAAAAAUUCCGCCUCGUGGAAUCAGGCCUUAAAGGCGGUUUUCCACUAGGCGAAAUUUUUCGACCGAAUCGAAAUUUCUCUUUGUUUCAGAGCUCUCGAGCAGAACUAAUUGUAAAAAGACAAAGAGAAAUUUCGUUUCGGUCGAAAAAUUUCGCCUCGUGGAAUCCGGCCUUAAAGGCCCAUUUCCACUCACGAAAAAUUUCCACGGACAGAAAAUUUUCCGAAAAUCUCAUUGUUAAAAGUUGAAAAUUUUCAACUUCAAAAUUUUUUUCCGGCGGAAAAUUUGUGUCGGCCAAUCACAUUUUACAAAAUUUUCUUUCUGCAGAAAAUUUUCCUGAGUGGAAAUAUGGGCCUUAAGACUCUCUGCCUAGCUAGGUUUCAGAUAGUGUGCUGUACUACUAGUACCAUCAAUGUCCACACAUGACAACACUAUGAAUUUCACUUCAAAAACAGAUCUGGAAUUUUAUAACAACAUUCAAGCAAAUUGUAUUUCAAUAUAUAAGAUGAUAAAAAUUUGCAGCUGUAAUUUCCUGCGAAGAUAUUUCGACAACUGGCCCCAGGAGAUUUUACCAGAAAUAAUAAGUUAACCCAAAUAAUGAUAUUUCUAGGUUACAAGUAAAGUUGCUACAAGGUUGUUCGAUCAAGCCGGUAUCAGGUUGUGUUUGCUCUGCUUCUUGUUCGUAAUUUGAGAGUUAGACUGAGUACUUUGGUAAAAAUGCGCAACUUAUAACAAACUUGUAUAACAGAUUUGUACCAAAGCUGUUUCAACAACGUGUCAUCAGGAUGUGUUCGCAAUGUUUGUUGACAAGUUGUGAGUAACAUUAGAGCUACUCCCGAUUGACAAGGUUGCUUCACGUCUGCAUGUUUUGAAUACAUCUUGUUGACAAGAUUUGAGAUUUUUACGUUUGUAGCUCAAUAGCAGCAUUUCCACGUUGUUGAUGAACAAUGGCGCAACUAACGUAUAUCAGUUGUUAUAACUAUAACAAUUAUAACUAUAACAACUUUCAGAGUGCAAUUCGGUUGAAGGUUGUGAGUAACAAACUUGUAGCAAUUUAAUUUGAUGAAAAGUAGCAGCAUCCUUGCAGUAUGUUCACAAGGUCGCUAUACAAGGCUUUUCCUAACAUACAGUAUAUCUACAAGAUGUGACAUUUUUAACAGCAUCCCAACAGCGACUACUGAGACCCUAUCUUAUUCCCUCAUAGGAGUCGAGAUAAAAUUUAUGACGUAAGGCCAGACAGCGGCUAGAUAACAUAUUUGUAACAAAUUAUUUGCAGGACUGAAACAGCUUGUAAGUUCUGUUACGCGUAUAGAUAGGUACAAUUUGUUUAAUCCAUGCAGAGCUCCACCAGGCGACUUGUUUACCUAGCCUAUAUAAAUCAAUUAUUGCCUUGUCUAUUCGAAUGUUUAGUGAACAAAUUUUGAACAAAUAAACAGACGAAGUCAGAGUUAAAAGUCUUUACCAAUUAUUGCACAUCUUGAAAACCUGAGCUCAAGUUUAUAAGCUUUAACUAAAGAGUGUGUCGAUGUAAUUUGCAAUUAGCCAUUUCCCAAAGUCCUGGGUCUGGUCGCGCGAAUCCCAUGUUGGAG